AUGGAGCGAGGACUGGAUAGUGAACAAACUGUCCGAGACGCAUUCUUUGAACAAGAUGAUCCAGUCUUGCCAGCUUUGUACUUGGGUAAGUUUCAGAGUCAGAAUGAACUGCAUGUUGACGAAGCCGGUCAGGGGCCAGAAAAAAGAAGGCGGUACAAAGGAAAAAUUAUCCGUGUCCCUGACCAUCUCAAGGUUGACGAUGCAGCCACACAAAAGAAAGCUGCCAAGAAAUUAGAAGGACAACAGGGGCCCCAGAGGGCCGCCACUGAGAGGAAAGUGGGUCUGUUCAGGCACCUCCAGCAGUUUGAGAGAGGCACCUCCCGGACUCAGGCUAUUCAGAGUAUAAGCAUGGAUACAGUAUUCUCAAACAAUGUUGCUAUCCACCCUGCCAUCUUAAAGCUGGGCUUACAGUAUGUAGAGGGGGUGGUGUGUGGGUCCAACGCAAGGCGUAAGCAGGUCAUUCGUGACUAUACCACACCUCCACAAAAGGAGUCAGCCAGAGAUUUAGAUAACAAAAUAAAACCAUGCAUAAGUGUCUUGGCCCAGUGUCGGCCAAUUUCAGUCAGUAUGGGGAAUGCUGUCAAAGCACUCAAGUGGCACAUCAUCCAUACACCAAGUGAGAUGCCAUACUCGGAGGGCAAAAGAAAUUUGAAUGAAGUAAUUGAAGAUUUCCUGCAAGAAAAUAUAGUUUUAGCUGGAAAAGCCAUCUCUCUUACUGCUCUGCAGAAAAUCCAAGAUGGGGAUGUCCUUCUAGUCUUUGGUUGCUCUUCUUUGGUCCGGAAGAUACUCUGCCAUGCACACUGCAAAGGAAGACAUGUUAUCGUCGUUGAUGGUUGUCCAAAGUUAGAAGGGCGAGAGAUGCUCCGUCGCCUUGUUAGACAUGGCAUUAAGUGUUCCUAUGUUCUCAUCAAUACAGCUUCUUACGUUAUAAAGGAGGCUACGAAAGUAUUCUUAGGUGCACAUACUUUGUUAGCCAUUGGUUACGUCAUGCCCAGAGUGGGGACUUCCCAGAUCUCACUCCUGGCUAAGGCGUUUAAUGUGCUGGUCCUGGUAUGUUGUGAGACCUACAAGUUCUGUGAGAGAGUAAAGACAGAUUCUUUGUUGCUAAUGAAUUAG